UUUUCAACUUUCCCAAAAAUAAAAGCAAGAGAAACAGAACCAAGAGAGAAUAUUAUUUGCUCUUCUUCUGUGUAUUGUUUGACAGGUUCCCAGAUUUUCAGACAGUCGAACCACAUGAAUCAAAUUGACUCGGAUGUCGACUCUAAUGGUGCUGGUAAAGGAAAAGAGCCGAGGGUAAUAUCUCCGGGAGGAUCCAAGACCGAAGAGAAGCAAAGUCAGGGUGUUACUAAUCAGAUUGACAAGGGUCAAGAUGGUAGACAGCAGCCUCAUGGAGAAGUGAACAUGGAAGCUUCCAUAUCAGAAGAAGAUGUGAUAAGAGCUGGAGGUUUUGGUGCUAAAGACGACAUUGGAAGCUUCCUUCCCGUGGCAAGUGAUUCGACUGACUUUGAAGAAUCACUCCGCUCUGCACGUGACUACGAAGAAGCUCAAGAGGAGGUUCAAAGACCUGGUCUUGGCUGGCCUAAAGAGUAAAAUCUUGUCCUCGUUGGCUUCAAUGCUUUGCUUGUUUAGUUCUUGUUCGGUCGAUAGUUACGUAUGAUGAUGGCAAAGCUGGAUUGAUUCAAAGUAGAGAACUCACUGGUUCUUGCUCUGCGCCUCUGCUUUUGCCAGAACGUUAACUUUUUGUCAUAACUAAAAUUAUAUGCCACAAGUUAUAUGCUAUAAGUUGGAAGAAUUAUGGAAACUACUUUCUUUAAUGUAGUAGUCAAAUAUUGUUCAUAGUUGUGUAUUUGUUUUCAAGGUAAGUGUUUGGAACGUAAAGAGAGAGAGAGAGUAUAACUAUAUGUUUGUGUUCAUACCAAAA